UCUUAGUCUAAUCGCUAUAUUUGUAUUUGAUAUCUUUGAUUAGGGGCCACUGUAUCUAAAUCAUUAGUAAUUUAAAAUCGAUAGUUUCCUAACAAUCCUAACGAGCAAGUGAUUUUGUUUGAUGAAAAAAUGUCGUUUUUGGAAUGUUGUAUUUGCUUAGAAGAUUUAACGAGUUCGGAAGAUGUGCACAGUACUAAUUGUGGCCAUAUAUUUCACAAGAAAUGUUUGGAUGAAUGCAAAAAAUGUUUAACUACGUUUUUGUGCCCUCAAUGUCGCCAACCUAACCCAUCAUCCCAUAGGAUAUAUUUAAGCCUGUCAAGCACAGAAAACGUUGAUAUGAUAAAAGCUGAACUAAAGAUGGCCGAGUUAAAAUUACAGGAUUUGGAAAAUAGUUCAAUAUCGCUAAAUCAACAAGAUAGUAAUUUGUUUUGUCAGCCAUUCCAAUUGAAAGGAAUUAUAAUAAAAGGAAUUCCCAAAACCGAUUUAAAAACUCCUAUAAUCGAUACUGUCUUAAUGCUAGCGAAUAUAAUGGAGCUACCAUGUCAGAAUUCUGAUAUUGAAGCGGUAUCUUUUUUUGGGCGAAAAAUACUACUACAGACUCGGACUCCACAACAGAAAUUCAAUUUGGUAGUAAAAUUCACCAGUCAAAAAAUUAAAUAUAUGUUUCUGGAUAAGAGUGAAAAGCUUUGCCCUAAAGGAAUAAUAGUCAGCGACUUUAUGGAUGAAGACACUAAUGAAUUAUUUCAAUAUGCCAAAUCUCUUGAAACACACGGAUAUGAGCACAUAUUUUACAGACAUAAUGGCAUUUUUGUACAGAAAACUAACGGAGAUACUGUGCUUCGUAUAUGCAACAAAGAAGACGUUGAUAAUUUGCUUAUAUAAUGCCCCAUACAUUGAACAUUUGGUUGAAUUUUUUUUUACAUUGGAGAAUAAAUAUGAAUAUAAUAAUAUAAAAUAACAA